AAAGUUGCGAGGGCGUCUUCUUGCCCGCCCCGCGUCCAGGCACUGGCCAGCAUGCUGGGCCGCAACUCUGUCCUGCAGGAGCUCCACCUGGACAGGAACCGCGUGGCCGACGAGGGUGCCGAGGCCCUCGCCGCCGCCCUGGAGUCCAACACCGGGCUGGCGGAGAUGUGGCUGGUGGACAACAGGUUCGGCACCAGGGCCGCUCAGAGGCUCGGGCUCGCGCUCCUGCGCAACGACGCGCUGAAGCGGCUGGGCCUGUCGCAGCGACGCCGGGGCAGGCAGCGGGACAGGCAGACGAUGGGGCUCAUGGAGGGCGCCAUGAGGAGGAGGACACGCCAGAUGCACGCAGGACUCCGUGCCGUGGUCACGCCUGCGGCUCCGAGCAGAGAGGGGGCCCAGCUCAGCGGAGGCGUCACGCCUACUGCGUCGUGCCCUCGGCAGGCGGAGCUCACCUCGAAGACGGACGACCUGUCGCAGCCACGUGCAGGAGACAGCAGGCCAGCCACGCCCCCCGCCACGCCGACGUCCCCGCGCGGGUCCGUGAUUGGUGGCGAACAUGAUGACGCUGAUGGAAGGCCGCUCCCGGAUGGCGCCUCCGCCUCGGCCGCCGAGCCGAGCUGGGGCGGCGGCGUCAGCGGCUCCGCGGCCGCGGCUGUGGCUGCCCAGCGCACGCUGAGCAUUACCCAGUUGUGCCAUCAGUUGAUGGACGGCGAGCACCUGAUGCUGCCAGAAGGGCAGGAGAGGUCAUCAAUCUGGAUGUCGACGCCGAUCAUGAACUUCAGGAUCAGCAGGCCUGGCUCGCGUGCCUGCACGCCUGCCGCGUCCAGAGCGGCUUCGCUGUCGCCAGCCGCGUCCAAGACGCCCACAAGAGCACCGUCGCUGUCCCCUCGGACGCCCAGAACCGCACCGUCGCUUUUCCCCCAGUCCGCAGGAGGACCGCCCUCCGGGAGGAGCCUGGUGCCGGGCCUGCGCUGGCGCGGCAGCAGGACGCCGCAGUCGCCCGUCGGGGCGAUGUCGCCGUGGGCGGCUGCGGAGGCGGACGCGGCCGCGUCCGCCGCGACGCCCAGGGCGGCCGUGCAGCUGGACGCCGAGCAGACGUGCAACCAGGCGAUGGCCAUUCCGCACCUCGCCAUCCUGGAGGCACAGCAGCGGCCGUGUAUCCUGACGUCAAUGUUUAUCCCGCAUCUGCGGACAAGCAGGCUGCGAUCGCGCUCGGCCUCCUCGUCCACGCUCCGGUCGUGCACGCCGCCGCCGUCUGCCCGCGAAGUGCCAAAGUCACCGAGAGCCUCGCUGUCGCCCAGAACGCCCUCCGCUGGCCAGUGGCACAGCGCGCCUGCGAGACGCAGCCCGAGAGGUUUCCAAUCAUGGAAGAGGUGUUCUACGUCCGAGGCUCCCCGUGAAGAUGGAGACGCACAUGGCAGGAUGGCGCCGACGGACAGGGUGCCCUGCGACGGAGUCAGCAACGUUAUCCCGACGGACGCGGCGCCUCGCAAUGCGGACCCGAUGGUCUGCCACCCGUCGCCCGCUUCGCAGUGGAGCUUCGCAGACCUGUUCAGGAUCCCCGCACCCUGGGGCAGCCUCGGCAAGCCCAGCAGCGCCCGCGGGCGUUCAGCGGCGCCCACGGCCUCGCCUCGAGCUCGACAGGCGGGCGCUGGCGGACCCCCUGGCGCGAGCUGCGAGCCCGCACGGUCGAGCAGCCGGGCCAGCUCCGAGGAGGCCCCCAGCUUGGGCGACACGGUCAGCCCGCGCAGGAAGUUCGAGGCCUUGCGGGACCAGGUGCUACGCACCGGCGUGCCUCUGAAGCUGACAGUGGUGAGUGCCAUUGGGGUGUCCGCCAACAUGGCGAUGUGCAAGUUCUGGGUCAGGGGCAAGAACCCCGAUGCGAAAUAUCAGACGGAUGUUCUUCAGUCUCAUGGAACAGAACUUGUAUUCAAUUUCAGACAGCUCGUCCCAGGCGCUGAGGAAGGGGACGUCCUCGAGAUAGAGAUCUGGGACCUUGGCCUUGCGUGCAGUCCCAAGAUGCUCACAAAGGGCGUGCUCCCGGUGACCCAAGACCACCUCUCCCAGAAGCGGGCGAGGGUCUCCGUGCCGAUGGCGGACCCGGAGACGAGGCAGCUGAUGGCUUCGUUGGAGCUUGAGCUUGAGACGUUGAACAAUGCAGACCGUGUUGCAUCUGUCACUUUCAAGCCGAAGACGACGCCUCGUCCUCGACCUCAGGACACUGUGGACGACGAUGAGCCGACCCUGCAGCCGCUGAUUGUCGGGAGGAGGGCAGCCGCCAAUAGCUGCAGAGCGCCAACCAGUGCCUCCGAUACCGCAGCACCAACCCCAAUUCAGAGCCUGUGAUGCCCGAGCACCCUGCCGAUCUUGUCGCUGCGCGGGAGCCCUACACGGCCAAGCCGAAGGGUUGGGCGACGACUGCUCGGACGGGGGCGGCGAGGGCGGCCAGAGCACUGCGGCGGUGGGCUCUCGUCGCGGGGCGGCCGCCGCGCGACGCGCGUGCCGCGCGCAAAAGCCUGGUCCCCCUCGGCCUCAGCGCCCACGCCAGCUGCCGCGUGCAACGUGCUGCCGCACGGCGGCUGAGGCAUAUGGGC